AUGGCAGGAACAGCUGCUGAUGCUGCUGAGAAACAGGUUGUCAUCCAGUCCAGCGCCCACAAAGACACCGUCCUGGCCAACUUGGAAGAACAAAGGAGAAAGGAUUUCCUUUGUGACAUUACCCUGAUAGUGGAGAACGUGCAGUUCAGAGCCCACAAAGCUUUGCUUGCUGCCAGCAGUGAGUACUUCUCCAUGAUGUUUGUGGAGGAGGGGGAGGUAGGACAGUCCAUCUACGUGCUGGAGGGGAUGGUCGCAGACACCUUCGGGGCGCUGCUGGAGUUCAUCUACACCGGCUGUCUCCGUGCCAGUGAGAAGAGCACAGAGCAGAUCCUGGCCACUGCACAGCUGCUGAAAGUGAAUGACUUGGUAGGGGCCUGUGCAGGCUGUGGGGGUGGCCGUGGCCCAGGGGAUGGCUCAGCAGCUCUGGCCAACAGUGGAGCCUCUGGAGCUGUUACCUCCAGUGAGACCAACAGCCACGAGCCACCCAAGCGGAAACGAGGGCGGCCCAGGAAGGUCAGGAAUAUCCAAGAAGAAAAACCAGCCACAAAUCCUGCCGAAGAUGUGCAGCUGAGGGAGAACAACUCCAUGCAGAACAAGCAGAAUUUCAUGAAAGGAGACACCACGGAAGAAGAAGCAGUUGUUGGUGACCAGGCUGCAGCCAGGAAGGAUACAGAAGAGACUGAGCCUGCCCGUGGCUCUGAAGCUGCUGUCGAUCUGUCAGCUGAGAAGGAUGAGAAUUAUGAUCCCAAAUCUGAGGGGGUACAGAGCACCCAGAGCCGUUACAGCAAACGUAGAAUAAGGAGGUCAAUCAAACUGCAGGAUUAUAAACUUCUCGGGGAGGAGGAUGAAAAAGGACUGGCAAAGAGGGCUUGUGGCAAGAGAAAACGUGCAGGUCCUGAAGCUCGCUGUAAGGACUGUGGCAAAGUAUUUAAGUAUAAUCACUUCUUAGCUAUUCACCAGCGGAGUCACACGGGGGAGCGCCCUUUCAAGUGCACAGAGUGUGGCAAAGGCUUUUCCCAGAAGCAUUCCCUGCAAGUCCACCAGCGGAUGCACACAGGGGAGCGGCCCUACAGCUGCACUGUCUGCAGCAAGGCUCUGACAACCAAGCAUUCUCUUCUGGAGCAUAUGAGCCUUCAUACAGGGCAGAAGGCUUUCACGUGUGAUCAGUGUGGGAAAUACUUCAGCCAGAAGAGACAGCUCAAGAGCCACUACCGAGUGCACACAGGCCGCUCCCUGCCCGAGUGCAGCCAGUGUCGCCGCAAGUUCAUGGAUGCAGCUCAGUUAAAGAAACAUCUAAGGACACACACAGGUGAGAAGCCCUUCACUUGUGAAAUUUGUGGCAAAUCCUUUACAGCUAAAAGUUCUCUUCAGACUCACAUUCGAAUCCACAGAGGAGAAAAGCCAUAUUCUUGUGGUAUUUGUGGGAAAUCCUUCUCUGAUGCCAGUGCUAAGAGAAGACACUAUAUCUUACAUACAGGCAAAAAGCCUUUCUCCUGCCCAGAAUGUAGUUUGCAGUUUGCUCGACUCGACAACUUGAAGUCUCAUUUGAAGAUUCACAGCAAGGAGAAGCAGUUCCAGGAGGUCAGCACUGCCCAGGGCACCAACACCAGUGCACAAGUGAGGAACAUCCUUCAGCUGCAGCAGUAUCAGCUUGCCACCUCUGGAGGGCAGGAAAUCCAGCUCCUGGUCACAGAUGCAGUCCAUAACAUCAACUUUGUGCCUAGCCAUAACCAAGGCAUCAGUAUUGUCACUGCAGAAGGUGCCCCAAACAUGGCCCCAGAGCAGGCUGCAAACCUCACCCUCCUGGCUCAGCCACCACAGCAGCUGCAGAACCUGUUGCUUUCAGCUCAGCAGGAGCCAGCAGAACAAAUCCAAAGUAUCAAUGUGAUUGCAAACCAAAUAGAGCCUGCCCAGCCUGAGCAGAUGCACGUCAUCACUCUCUCCAAGGAAGCUCUAGCACAUCUCCAUGCUCAUCAAGGACAGAAUGAAGGAAUCCACUUGGCAGGAUCUUCACACCCAGCUCAGCACGUGCAGCUGACUCAGCAGUCGAGUCAACAGUCUCAGCCUCCCCAAGAGACAGUUCCUUCCCAUCCAGUCAGUGAAGAACCCAGUCAAAGUGUCCAUGUUUCUGAACCCCACCAGCAGUCUCUGCCAGUAAAUGACUCAUCUCCUGAGCACCCUGUUCCAGGACAGGCUUUCUGA